GCAGCGGCGCGGCCCGAGUCCCGGCCAGUGCCUCCGCUUCCGGCUCGAGUCGCUCUCCCCGCGCCCGCCUUCGACAUGUCCGAGACCGCGCCCGCCGCGCCCGCCGCUCCGGCCCCCGCCGAGAAGACGCCCGUGAAGAAGAAGGCCCGCAAGUCCGCAGGCGCCGCCAAGCGCAAGGCGUCCGGGCCGCCGGUGUCCGAGCUCAUCACCAAGGCCGUGGCCGCCUCCAAGGAGCGCAGCGGCGUGUCCCUGGCCGCGCUCAAGAAGGCGCUGGCGGCCGCCGGCUACGACGUGGAGAAGAACAACAGCCGCAUCAAGCUGGGCCUCAAGAGCCUGGUGAGCAAGGGCACCCUGGUGCAGACCAAGGGCACCGGCGCCUCGGGCUCGUUCAAGCUCAACAAGAAGGCGGCGUCCGGGGAGGCCAAGCCCAAAGCCAAGAAGGCGGGCGCGGCCAAGCCCAAGAAGGCUGCCGGGGCGGCCAAGAAACCCAAGAAGGCGACGGGGGCCAGCACCCCCAAGAAGAGCGCCAAGAAGACCCCAAAGAAGGCGAAGAAGCCCGCGGCGGCUGCAGGAGCCAAAAAGGCAAAGAGCCCGAAAAAAGCGAAAGCAGCCAAGGCCAAGAAGGCGCCUAAGAGCCCAGCGAAGGCCAAAGCCGUGAAACCCAAGGCGGCCAAGCCAAAGACCGCCAAGCCCAAGGCAGCCAAGCCAAAGAAGGCAGCUAAGAAGAAAUAAGUUUCUUUGGCCUACUGCUUAGAAGCUCAACACAACCCAAAGGCUCUUUUCAGAGCCACCCACA